AUGGAUAAAUUUCCCGGAGAUGUUGAAAUGGCUGAAAAGUUAACAGGAGGAGAUCCUGAUAUAUUAAGUCUUGAUAAAUUUUGUCCAGAAGAGAAGCCGAACAUAUCGGCUUUAUUUGGGGACAAGAAAAUUCCUAAAAAGAAACGAGAUCGUGAUGAAAGUCGUAGAAAAAGCGAUGGUAUGGAGGUUGUACGAAAAAUUACACAUCCAAGAUUUUUGAAAGAAAGUGAUCAUGAAAUUCGAAUACGUCAACAACCUAGCAGCUUACCAUCUACACCAAAUAAUAGUGGUUCUCCGCAAUAUCCCUGUCAUUUAUGUAAUUUUACUUCUUCACGAGUUAAUGUCAUCAUUUGUCACAUAAAAAGCCAUAGAUCUGGAAAUUCACCAAUGUCAAAAUCUAAAGUAAAAACUUAUUCUCAACAUAGAAGUAGAUACUCUGAUGUGGACACUCCAAAAAGAAAAUACACAAAAAAAGAAAAAGGCCAGUCAAAUAAAAAUAAAAGUAACAGCGAAUCUGGCAAAAGAAAACAAAUUAAACAAAAUGAGAAAGCUCCUAAAAAGAAAAAGGUUUCAGAUCCUAAAAUUCGUGAUACCAUAUUAGCAGAUUGGGAAGAUGAAUCAGACGAAGACCUUAAUUUAAAUCAGAGUACUGAUUUAACAUCUAUGAACAAUUCAUCGCCAAAAAAUCAAUUUGAUUUUGAAAAGUCAGACGAGCCUAACGAAAAGAACAAUACACUACCAGAGGCCAAUGAAAUUAUUGCAGAAACUGAAAAAUUACUUAAAGAAACCGAAAAGCUUACAGCAAUUAACAUAACAGAAGAUUCUUCAUCUGAUAGCAUUAAUACUGCAAAAAAUCUGAAAUCAAAUCUUUCUGAUAAACAAUCUGAAUUAACGAAAGAUGCUAGAAUAUCUGAUGUUGAGAGUAAUGAAUCUAUUAACAAAUCACAGAUGGAAAAAGAAACUUUUAAUAUUGAAAAUGAAAGUAAAUCUGUUGCAUCAAAUAAAGAAGAUAAAAAGUCAUUGCUAUCGUGUUUUGAUUUCCACGAAGAGGAACCAUCUAUACCUCCAGUAAGGAAAAAAUCACGUGCAUUUCAUCAGAAAAAGGAAAUAAUAAAGGAAUUUGAAAUGAGUCAAGCUUUAAAAAUUGAACAAGAAAAGGAAAUUGAACAUAAUAAACCAGAAGAUGAAGAUAACAAUACUAGUCCGAAUGAAUAUGAAAGAUUAGAUACACAAACAUCUUUAAGUGAACAAAAAUUAGAAAAAAGUGAAAAUAAUGACAAAGUUGUAAUUAAUGAGAAAGAGACAAGUACUAAACUUGAACAAAUACAGGAAAAUAUUAAAUCUGAAAAGGAAUCAGUAACAACACAAAAGUCUAAAACUUGUGAAACACAAUUAGAAAUCGUAGAAAUAUUUGAAGUUGAAAAAGUUGAAGCCGAAAAUGGAAAUGUUAUAAAUGCUUCAAAAAAUAUUGAUGUAGAAAAUUCUGCAACGUCAAAUAUCAAUAAAAAAUUGACAGAAAACAAAAAUUUGGAUGUACAAAAUAUUGAUGAUAAACAAACAGAUAUUAAAGAUGCGAUUAUCAGUGAAAAUACAGAAAAUGUAAAACAUGAUCAUUUAAAGCAAACUGAAGAAACUUUGUCUGAGCGAUUUACAAUAGAAACAGAAGAUGAAACUGUUUCUGAAUCAGCUGAAACAUUUCCAGAGCAAAGUGAAAAUUCAGAUGCGGAUAUGCUAGAUCAAGAUCAAGUGCCUAAUUCAAAUUCUACAAAUGUUUUAUCAGACGGCGAUCAGUUAAAUAUUAUCCCCCAAGCUCGUAAACAUAGAGGUAGAUCAAGAAGAUCAGGAUCUAUUCGUACUAGCACUAGUGGAAGUCCUAGUGGUAGUGAGAGCCCAAAAAUAGUAAGAGAUAGUAAGAGCAAUUCAAAAGUAUUUGAAAAAUUUGGAAUAGAAAGAAGAACUUCAGAAUCUGAUAGUGAACGUCCAUACAGUCGAAGAAAACGAAAACCAAAUAAAAAAUAUUUAGAAUCCGAUAUAUAUGUACAAGAUGUAGAUCAAAAGAUAUAUAAGACUGAUGAAAGUCAAUCUGAAAAUGAGGAAAAAUCUUCUGAAAAAAUAAAAGUCAAAUCAAAAAGAAAUAAGAAAUUUAUAGAAAUUAUUAAAAAAAUAAAUGAUGAUAUUGAUCUCAAAGAAGAAAAGGAAAUAGAAAUUUCCUGCAAUACAGUGGAUACAACAGAAAAUAAUGUUAAUUCUUCAAAUAUAGAAUUGAAAGAUGGUUUAUUUGAGAAUACAUUCAAAAACCAAAUGCUUAUAGAAUUAGAUACGAAAUCUGUUGACAAUCAAACUCUCAAUGAGAGUCCUAAAAAAUUACAAGUACCAAAUGAGGAAAAAAUUUCAGUAAAAGAAUCUGAUACACCUGUUCUUGAAGAUACAAGUUCCUCAAUUAUAGAAGAUAAUACUGUUAAAUUUGAAAGUACAAUUCUUGAACAUGAGAAAAUGAAAGAUAAUGACACUGAAAGUAUAUUAACUCCAAGUAAUCUUUCACAAGGAGCUUUAAAAGAUCUAGAAUCUUCCAAUUCACUGGAACUAUCGUCAGAGAAAGAAUCAUCUCAUCAACAAUUAGAUACCUUAAAAACUGUAGACAUGCUUCCUCCUAAAAAGUCUCAAAUAAAGAAAUUUGAAUUAUCACAAAUUGAUUUUUUUGAUACUGAUGUCUCUACUCAAAAACUUACUAUAGAUUCUGGAUUAAACAGUGAAGAAGAAAAAAAGGAAAAUUUAAAUAUGAGUGAAAUAAUUGAAACUAGUACAGAUUUAGCGGCAAUUGAUUCUUUAAAGCAAAAAGAAGAUGUUCCAGAAAAGCUUGAAACAGAUACAAAUAAUAUCGAAAUUAUAAAAGAUGCAAAUCAAAUAGAAGAAGAAAAUAAAAUUAAAACUGAAGAUACAGCUGUAUCAAUAAAUCAAAAAGUUGAGCAUACGGAAAUGGAAACAUCAGAAAAAGAAGAACAAAAAAUUGAAUUAGAAAACGUUAGACAACAGUCAUCUACAGAUUCAACAAAUAUAUUAAAUGAGCAACAAGUUCAAAAUAAAACAUCUAUACAAACAAGAUACAAAGGAAAAUUUACACCAGAUACGUGCACUAGAUUAAAAAAAGAUAAAGAAUUAUUUUCUGAAGAAAAAUCAACAAAUACAUUCCAAGAAGCCUUCUUAAAAACUUUGCAUAUGGACAAGAAAAAAGGUAUAAUGAAUGAUUCUGAUACAACUGGAAAAGGAAAGAAAAGUAAGAAGUUAAUGAAGAAAAAGCUUGAAGAAGAAAUAGGUACGAAUAUAUCUUCAGAGAUAACUCAGACUGUGACAACUGAAGGUUCAAAUACAUCAGAAAAUUUUCCUAUUCUUUCUCAAGUCACUGUUAUGAGCAAUUUUGAAGGUAUGGAAGUAGUAGUUGAUCAAAAUCCUGAAAUCGACACUAAAGUUGAUGAGACUAUUUUUCAAAAUGUUGAUCAACUUACAUCAUCAUCAUCAUCAAAUGAAUUUAAUAUUAUGUCUAAAUCAUUGAUACAAUCACCUACUGAAGAAAGUACUAAAUCUAUCAGUAUAGAUGUGCAGAAGUUAGAUGAAUCUUCAAGAACAUCAACUUCUACACCUUCUCCAUCAUCUGAUAUUAAUGUGCCAGUAAAAAAACGUGAAAUGCCACGAAUAAUUGAAAAUGUAACAUUAACGGAACCUAUGCAAAUUUUAAAGUCAAAAUUAUUAGAUAAAUUACCACAGAAAGGAGUAAAACAUAAACUAGAAACAGAUAGUACAAAAAAAUCUGACCAAAAGGGUUCUCCAAAAACAAAAAUGAUGAAAAUUGAAUCUUCAAAUACCAAAACUAAAACUGGUUCAAAGGUUACAUCUCCACAUUUAUCUUUGACUAAAAAAUUACAAGUUUUAAAAGCAGAAGAAGCAGAAACAGCUGCAAUGAUAGAAGCACAAAAUGAACAGUUAAAUGUAAAAAUUUCAAAAACUCCCGCUACAACUACUACAACUGAAAGAUAUAUUCAACAAAGUUCACAAAGCUUAGCAGACAUGGAACUAGAUAUAAAUUCAAUGCCAUUUGUUUUAAGUGAAGAUGUUCUAACUCCAGAAAGCAUUGAACAAAUGCCUGUUGUUAUAUCUUCUAUUAUACCUGCAUCUAGUACAAUUCCAGCAACAUUAUCUUUUACACCAACUACACAAAUAGUAUCUCCCACUCAAACUCAAUUUAAAUCGAAUGAAAAUACAAAUGAAGUAUCACCUACAAAGAAAAAGAGUGGUACACCAGCAAUUUUGAAAAAUAAAACUAAAGCAAAACCUACAAUUACAAGUAUAAAAACGCUGGUACCACCACUUACAGGUGGUGUGAAGGGUAUAAAAUUUCAAAAUGCACCAGCAACGAAUAAAGUACCACCACUUUUAACGCAAAAAGGCUCAUCAGGAAAGUAUGUAGUGGUACAAACUUCUGGAGGACAACAAUUGCGAUAUGGUGUUCAAGGAAAAACAGGUAUGCAACAAAAAAUUGCUAUACCUGGUAAAAGUGCUGGAAAUACACAAGUGGUUCACCAAGGCAGUAAAGUAGUUAUAUUAACAUCAGCACAAUCAGGUCAAACUAAAAUGCUGCCUUUAAAUAUCUCUAAAACACUAAGUGGCAAAGUUCAAAGAAUUAUGACAAGUAAAGGUCAAGUAUAUCCCAUCAGUCCUCAGGGUAUCAUAAAUUCAAAAACACUUAUUGCUCCAAAAGGAGAUGGUGUUUCAGCAACAACAUCUAAGCUUUCUGCUGGACAUAAGAUAAUUAACACACAAGGUAUCAUAGCUCCAAAAGGAGUUCUAACUCCUAUUUCAGGAGCAAUUGGAAAGACUGCUUUACUAGGAACAUUGUCUCAAGGAAUUAUCACAAAAGAUGGAAUCUAUACGCCGAUAAGCACUUCUACUUUAGGCGGAAAAACUAUUAUUGGUUCAAAAGCUUUGGUUACAAAAGGUACAACUAUUUUAUCUUCACAGAAUUUAGGUACUUCUAAAGCUAUUUUGACUUCCAUAUCUCAAGCUAUUAGUGGUAAAACUAUUUUGAGUACUCAAGGUAUAGUAAGCAACAAAGCAACAGUUUUGACACCAAUAACAGGACAACAAGUGAAAGCUAUUGCAGCAAAAAGUCCAUCUAAAGGAAGUAAAGUACAAUAUCAGUCAGUGCAACAAAAAGUGCAACUACCAAUGUUACAAAAGUCACAGAAAGUUCCUACUACUUCACAAGGAAGAUCUGGGCAAGUAAAAACUGGUAGCAGCAGUGCAGUAGUAAUGCAAAAUACAGUUCCUGCACAGAAGACUAUCCAACAAGGAAAGAAAGUAAUUAAACAAACAGUUGUACAGCAAGGUUCCACUAUUCAAAAUAUUCCAUCUCAGGGUACUCAACAGACAAUCGGCAUGAGUUCUCAAAUUCAGCAGAAAGGAAAAUCUGUACCUACAUCAACUGUACAAAAAGUUAUUAUACCUCGAGGUAGUCGACAACAAAAAACACAACAAAAAAUAGUUGUUCAAAAAAUACAAGAACCUAUAAUUACGACUGUACAAAAUAUGCAGUCCAAACAAACAGUCACAGUACCAUUAACUACUGUGUCAAAUGUAUCUAAAACAACGAGUCAGCAAAAACAGGCAGCUAGUACUACAGCAACUACAAAAUUUACUGCAAAAGGUCAAGUAGCAAAUAAGUCUACCACACAACAGCAAAAGAAUUUGAUGAACAUUGCAAUGAAUUCAGUAACUGCAACUAAUGUUUCCACAUCUUUAUCUCUUCCGCCAUUAGAACCUAUUGAAUCUGAAAAGAAAUCAAAAAUAGAAAAUGUAGUUGUUGAAUCUAUUCAGAAAGAUCAGCCCAAAUUAGAAAACUUCAAUAUUGAGAAAAGUGGUGAAAUAGAAAAAAUAGAAGAACCAAAAAUAACAACACAACCACAAAUAAUGGCUCUACCAACAGAAAGCAGUGAUGGAACACAAACUUAUGUUUUAGUAACUAUUGACGAACAAGGACAAAUACAACCUCUUGAUAAUAAUACUCUUAUGUCAUUAGAAGGUACUACACAAAAUCCAGAUGGCACAAGAACAUUAUACAUAGAUCCUAGUUCAUUAGGAGAAGCAGGCACCAUAGACAAUAUUGUUCUACAGUUUGAUAAUGCUGUAUUACCAAAUAUACAAACUAAUGCUACAGAAUCCAAUCAAGCAAUUAUAUCAGAAAGUCUUUCUACUUCAGAAGUAAUACACACAUCGAAUCAAGAUAUUUUAGCUGCUGCUUUGGCAAAUACAGAUUUUCAACAAGAAAUUAGUUUAACAGAGAAUCCUACAGGAAAUGUAAUGACCACUGGUUUGACUCAAACAAGUUUAAUCAAUCAAACUAUUUUGCAGUCAACUAUCAUACCUCCUACAGAACCAAUAUCUUCUCCCUCUGUGCUUGAAACUUCACUGACUUUAAAUCAACCCAUAAUGACGCCUUUAGAAGUACCUAGUAAUUUAUCAAUACAAUCAGAAUCAACUCCAACUUCUGCUGUGGCAACCAUCCCGUCUUCUCUCGAAUUACCAAUAACAAUCACAAGUCCUAAUAUUUCAUACAUUUCAGCGGGAGAAGCACAAAUACAAAUUCCUGGUAAUUCUAUGCCAGAUAUUGGAGAAAUCAUGGAAAAUUCAAAUACAACUGAAAUCACUCAAACGGAAAUCCCUGCAAGUACUCAAUAUGUAGUAUUACCAAAUUUAGAGGAUAAUAUUACUGUUGAAACUUCAAAUGAGCAGAGUAAUACUAUUUCAAUGCCUAAUGUUUCGUAUUCAGUUUCAAUACCAAAUAAUAUAGUGUUACAAAAUUCACAAGUUCAAACUACUCCUUCAAUGCCGAUAAUAGAUGAUACCUAUGUUGAAAAUGUGCAAUUUACUUCAACUAUAGAACCAUCAAUAGCUACAGAACAAACUUUUGUAGAUGUGCCUGUUUCUGAAAUGCUUGUUUCAAAACCAGUUGAUUCCAAGAAAAAUAUAAAAUCAGAAGAUGUUGCUGUAACAUCAGAAAUGGUAUCUCAUAGUAUUCCUGUAUCUUCCCAGGAAUCUAUUGUAUCAACAAAUGAAUCUUCUUUAUUAAAUGAAGAACAAAAUACAAUGCCUUUACAAGAAGUAUACUCUUCUCAAGAAAUUUCUAUUAAGUCAGAGGAGAUGCUCUUGGAACAAACAGUUACUAAAGAGAAUAAUGUGGCAACUGGUAGCCAAAAUGAAGAAGUUAGUAAUAAUGAUAAUAUAGUACACGUACAAAUUGUUGAACAAUCAGAUGAUGCAAUGACAAGUAGUAUGUCAAUAAUGGAUGAAAAUACUUUAGUUACCUCUGAGUCUAAUGUAAAAAUUUCACCUAAAGAACACGCAAGUUUUGAAGUUUCAGAUUCAAAUGAAAUCGAUACAAAUAGUUCACGAAACAUAGUUCAAGAAACAGAGAAUAUAAAAAGAUUUAAAGAAUUGAGUUUUAACGAACAAUCUGAUAAUAAAUCUCAGUCUCCCAUAUGUGAAGAACAAGCAGCAACAUCUAAUGAAGUAGAAAUUGCUCAAGAAGGAGCACAAAUUUUACCAGCAGAAUCACUCAAUCGUUUAGAUGAACACAGUAUGGAUAUAGAUGAGACUAUUGAAUCAAAGAUUUAUGCUGCAAAUGCAAUGAAAAAAUCAGAAGAUUCUCAAAGGGAUGAACCAUCAUCUCAAGGUGAAUCAGAUUUGGUCCAAAGAAAUCUAGAAUUACAUUUUGAAGAAACAAAUGCAGAGGCAAGCCAUGAAACACCAUCACAAUCAUAUGAACAGUUUGGAAUAGCAAUGACUAGCGAUUCCACUGAUUUACCUAGUCAAUCUGCUACAAAAUCUGAAAAUUCUAGAGAACCUUCGCAAUCAAUAACAUAUGAACCUAUGGAAACAGAUGAAGAAGCUGUUGCGACAGAACCACCGACACAAUCAUUUGAACAUUCAAAAAUAAAUGAAGCUUCUCAAUCAUAUGAAACAUCUGCAGAAGCAAGUACAAAUGCACCUACCCAGUCUUUUAAUGAAUUAAUGCAAAGUCAAGAAGAAAGAUCGACUAUCGAUGAUGCGAUUGAUGAUCAAACGUUUCCAACACAGAGUUAUGAAGUUGGUAAAGCAGAAAAUAUUCCAGAAAAUUUAGAAACAGAUGGCGAAAUUAGUCAGGAAGGAAACAUGCCGUCUCAAUCGAACGAUAUUGGUACAGAUGGGAUUGGCACAUCCUCAGUUUCUACAAAUAAUUCUGGUCUUAACGAAGACGAAACCGCUAGUUCGUCUUAUGUUCCAGAAACACCUGAGAAUCAAGAAAGAGAUCCAGAUCAGGAAAGUGCAAUAAGUACAUCAUCUUGUGAAAUUCCACCUUGUGCCGAGUUGAAUAUUGCAUCAUCUAGUGCAGAACAUACAAGUAUCCAUGACAAUGGGGUACCUGAAAUACCUACAUCUUCAUAUAAUUUGAAUCCAGACAUUACUUCAACUCAUGUGGAUUCUGUACCAACUUCUAGUUAUGAAGAACAAAAUGUAUCAACUUCUUAUGAAGUACCAAUUUCAAUGCCUGGCUUAGAGGAAACUCCGUCUCAAAAUUUUGUUACAGAAAGUACAGAUCAUAGAAAUGAACCAUCCAGUUAUUAUACUCAUCAUCAGGAAGUAACAGCAAGUUAUUAUGAAUCUGUAGGGCAAGAAACAAAUUCGAGAUUAGAUGAAGACCCACAAGAGGAAGUUACUCCCAGUUAUUAUGGUAGUAAUCCACAAGAAGCAAGUCAAAGUUAUUUUAAUCCAGAAGAAGCAACACCAAGCUAUUCCAUUCAUAAUGUCUCUCCCAGUUAUUAUGAUCACAGACCAGAAAGUGAAGCAAGUCAAAGUUAUUAUUCUGCAGAUGACAUAGAAAAAUCAGAGCAGGCUUCCUCACAAAAUAUUGAGGCAUCACAAAGUUUUUAUCAAGAGCAAUCUGAUGAACUAAAAUUAUCCCAACAAGGAGAAGCUACACCGACAUACACGGAAAGAUAUCCAGUUGAUUACACAUUGGAGAAUUCACCAAUAGAAAGACACGAUCUUGUAGAAAGUUCUGUACCAGCCACUAGGCCUACAGAGAGGUAA